AAGGGACAAACAGUAAUGACGCUCAAUUUUGCAGCAGUUAUAAUCCUCCUAGCUCUUCCAAGCAAUGAAGCCAUCUGCCGCACGCCAAAUAAAACCAUUCCCAGUACGAAAUUGAAAGGCAACUUGGUGACGUAUGCCGUUUGGUAUCCAGUGCCCAUCCACCUGGGGGUAUGUCAGAAGUCCCAAUAUCCAGACACGAUCAAACGAAGGUCGAACAGGCACAGGCUUUCGGUAAUUAUUGGAACUGACGACAAGAACUAUGUGGUGGAAUAUAUAUGCCUCGAUACCGGAAAGUACCCCAGAAUUGAGACUGUGGUGUAUACAAAAAAGCAGAGUCUUAGGCAUUCCGUCAUCAAGGAAAUUGUGAAAAUUCACUCUGCAGUCGGCUUGGACUAUUCCAAAAUGUGGUAUUGUCAGGUAGAGUAAAUAAAAUCGUAAAUCUCCACUGGACAAAACAUUCCACAUUUCAA